AUGAAGAAACAGAGUAAAGUACAGAAACCUGCAAAGCCGGCCUCCAACUCGCUCAAGCAGACAGAGGCUAGAAAGAAACAGGUUUUCAAGACCGUUCUGGCACAUCCGUUUUCUCAGAGAAACAUCUGGCCUGCUGUGAGCCCGGAACUUCAAACAGAUGUGGUUGAUCUUCUGUGUUCAGCACUCAGGGAAAUCGGCACUUAUAACCAGCUUUCUGCUUCUGAGAGAACGAAAAUGAGUCUUAAGGAGCCAGAAAUCUCCCAAUACGUUCUUUACGGGUUCAAUAAUUGCAUGAAAGCGCUGGAAAACCAGGCCAAACUAAUACGAGCUGACAAAUUCGACCCGCAACAGGACACUGCACUGCAAUAUCUGUUUGUUUGCAAGAUCGAUAUGACAACUCCGCUUCUGUUCCAACAUUUCCCGGUACUUAGUCGUUAUUCGGCCGUCAAAUUAAUACAGCUACCUAAAAGUACAAAUCAAAGACUUCAACAAGCUUUGGGCCUGAAGAAACCAACAGAGGUGUUGGUUCUAUCUCAAGGUGCAGCCAAGAUGUAUCCUGCUCUUGCCAAGCUGGCAGGAUCAGUAGACGACGUGGAUAUCGGGUUCCUAAAUAACGGUCCAUUCAAGGCUAACAUCAAACAUAUACUGACGCAUCAAACGUUCAAAAAAUGA